UUGUUAUUUGUCUUUCCUCUUUCACAUCGUUUGUUAAUUUUGUCAAAAUUUCUGGAUUGGAAUAGCAAAUUUCGUCAGCUUUAUAUGAUAGUACCAUUAAAUUCAAAGUUUGUGAAGUCAACCAACGCAACGUUGAUCAAAAUUUGCACACACACAGCACAACACAAAGGCCUUAGCCGAUUCACUAAACCACAUUAUCAUAUUGAAAUAAUCGGAACUAAAACAUUAUGUCGAAAUUUGCAAAUAAUACCGGAAAUCGUCAGUUGAGCACACGCAGCUCGGACAUUGACGCCCUGGCCCAGCGUGGCUAUAACAUCGGCCAUAAGAUUGGAGAAGGAUCUUACGCUACUGUGAUAACCGCUGGCUAUGCCGACGAUGCGGGCCAUGGUGUUAACUUGGCCUGUAAGAUCAUUGACAAGGCCAAGGCGCCCACUGAUUUCGUGCACAAGUUCUUUCCACGGGAACUGGAAAUUUUAACCAAAAUCGACCAUCCUAAUAUUAUACAAAUUCAUAGUAUACUGCAGCGUGGUCCAAAGAUUUUCAUCUUUAUGCGCUAUGCCGAAAAUGGAGAUCUGUUGUCCCAUAUUAAGAAGUCGGGAGCCAUUGAGGAGAAGCAGUCGAAGGCUUGGUUCCUACAAAUGGCCAAGGCCCUUAAGUAUUUGCACACUCACGAUAUCGCCCACCGGGAUCUCAAGUGUGAGAACAUUUUGCUGUCGAAGCGCCUUAACAUCAAGCUGGCGGACUUCGGCUUUGCUCGCUACUGCUGCGACGACACCGGACGUGAGAUGAAAUCAGAAACAUAUUGCGGUUCGGCCGCCUAUGCUGCACCCGAGGUCGUCUGCGGUCGUCCCUAUGAUCCCAAGCUGGCUGAUGCCUGGUCUCUGGGCGUCAUUCUAUUCAUCAUGAUGAAUGCCAAAAUGCCCUUCGAUGACAGCAAUUUGACGAAACUACUUGAAGAUCAACGCAAUAAGAAGUUCGCUUUUCGUCGCAAGCUCCAGGACUCUAUAACGCCUCAAGCCAAGGCCACUGUAUCCGUUCUGCUUGAGCCAGAGCCGCAUGCGCGUUGGAACCUACGCGAAAUACUCAAUUGCACUUGGCUGCGUUCCUCCGAUGCGGAGGCCCAGCCAUCUCCAUCGACUAACUGACGGGAAAAUACCGAAAUCCUAGCUAGCAACCAGCGCAAGAAUGCAUCGAUCCCGAACUUAGUUUAAAAAAAAAACAAACCCCCACAUAAGAAAACAUAUGAAAACAACAAACGAAAAAUCUAAAACUUUAAGAAAAAGGAAAGGAGCAUACGAGCGCGUUGAUUUCACAGAUAGUUGUAAAUUGAAGUAAAAGAGAAAAUCAUUGGUAUUCAUCA